AACACAAUUGUUUUGGAACUACUGUCUACUGGGAUAAAAAUUAAAUGACAGUGACACUGACAAGUUAACCUAAACCUAUAAAAUAAAUAAUUUUAAUUUUAAAUGAAUCAUCUACAAUCUACAACACCCUUGUACUUUUAUAAAAAGAAUAGUUAAUAUUGUUAUUUAUAAUUUUUGUAGUUUAAUAUUUAAUGUAUAAGUUGAUUCUAAGCGAUUACUAAACAUGUUUUACUCCGAUGUAUAUGAUGAUUUCAACUUGUUUAUAACGCCGGAUAAGUUUUACAUUUGUCCUAAAUUGAGUUCCAAGUAUUUGGUAGUGGAUCGUGUGUCCGAAUCGCUCUCUUUGCAGAGUAAUGUAAAUGAUAUUCCUGUUGCUACAAGUUCUCGUGAGUUUUGUGGUUUACUCGGAAGCGUUCGUUUAUUGGCCGGCCAGUAUCUAAUCAUAGCUACGAAACGCACUUACGUUGGAUCAAUUGCCGGUCAUGCAGUUUGGUGCCUUGUCUCCAGUGAGCUUAUUCCAUAUAAUCGUAGUACUCUCCAUUUGAAUGCCGAGCAGUUAGAUGAUAACAAUUCAUACUUGAGUAUGAUUAAAAAUGUACUGGACACUCCGUAUUUGUAUUUUAGUUACACUUACGAUCUUACUCAUACAAUGCAACGGUUACAUCUAAUGGAGCCCGACUUUUUGAAUCGUUCCUUAUUUGAGAGGGCCGAUCAUCGCUUCGUAUGGAAUUCCAAUCUAAUCAAACAGAUAUUUCGUCCGGAAAUUCACAACUUCUGUCUUCCACUAUUGCAUGGGUUUAUGGCGAUUAAUGACUUUUCGAUCAACGGUUACAACUUUACCUGGACCGUCAUUUCAAGAAGAAGCAUCAAUCGACCCGGUACAAGACUGUUCCGCCGAGGUUUGGAUAAUGUUGGAAAUGUAGCAAAUUUCGUCGAAACCGAACAGAUUGUGGAGUGCCAGGGUGAUAGAGCGAGCUUUGUGCAAAUUCGCGGUUCGAUACCUCUGUAUUGGAGCCAGUAUCCGGAUUUGAGGUACAAACCGCCGCCACAUCUGGUGGAUGUCGCAGCCGAUGAGCAACAAAGUGCGUGCGCUCGCCAUUUGGACAGCCUGAGUGUGUAUUAUGGGCGACAGGUGCUUUUAGAUUUGGUCGAUCAGCGUGGUUCUGAAGGUAAGCUGCAAAAGGCUUAUGCGGACACUGUGCAGGCGCUCGGAUUUCCUUUCGUAAGAUACGAACCUUUCGAUUUCCAUUCGGAGUGCCGACACAUGCGAUGGGAUCGUUUGUCGAUACUAUUGGAUCGCAUAUCUUUGGAGCAGGACGACAUGGGAUUCUUUUUGUUACUGAGAGAUGGAUCAAUACCUCUUCUACAGGAUGGCGUCUUUCGUACUAAUUGUGUGGACUGUUUAGAUCGGACUAAUGUCGUACAGAGCAUGAUUGCCAGACGAUGUUUAGGUAACAUAUUGCAUAAGUUAUCUAUAAUAAAAAGUGAGGAGAGUAUAGAGGAAUUUCCGUCCUUAGAACGAGUGUUUAAGGAAGUUUGGGCAGAUAAUGCCGAUUUAAUUAGUCUUCAGUAUUCUGGCACAGGUGCUCUUAAAACUGAUUUCACACGAACCGGCAAACGGACGCACGUUGGCCUUAUGAGAGAUGGCCUUAACUCGUUGACGAGGUAUUAUAAGAAUAAUUUCAGUGAUGGUUUCCGCCAAGAUGCUAUUGACUUAUUUCAUGGCAUUGCCGAAAUUAAGUCACCAUUGCGAAUCGAGCGUGGUUGGAAGUAUAUUACUUUCCCGUCCGUAUUAUUAGUAGCAAUUGCUAUGUUUGUGGCAUGUGCGAUUUUACCUUCGGAGUACUCGACAGAUUCUCUUUUGUUUAUUCUGUUCUGGGGUGUAAUGGUUACAGCAACGUUAACGACCAUUUUGAAUCAUGGUCCUGAGUUUGUUGAUCAACCAAGGCUCACUGUUCUCUAAUCGCUGUGAUGGACGUCUCUUGAGGAUUUUGUAGAAAAUAAUUUAUAAGCAGUAUUUUGAAGAAAUCCUUCCUCUCAUAUUGCAAAGGAUCACUUAGAAGACCUAGUACCUAAGUGAUAAGCUCAUAAAUUUUUACUUUUUGCCGAUAAUUAAAUCGAGAAAAUUUUGCACUAAAUGUUGUGUUAUACUGUACUUUAUAUUAUAUUUUGUUGUUUGUAACAUGUAAGUAUAAUAGACUAAUGCCUGGUUUCACAAACGAUGAUUAAGGUUAAUCACUGAUUAAAAAUAUUUGAAUGUUAGCCAGCUUUGAUUAUACGCUCAGAUGUUUCCCAUUCUAAUAUUUUUAAUCAGUGAUUAACCUUAAUCAUCGUUUGUGAAACCGGGCAAUAGUAUAAGUGUAAUUAUAUGUAACUACCACUGUAACAUGGCGGCUCUAUUUUUGUUGCUGUUGUACCUGUACAUAGUGGGCCAAAGUAGACGCUUUAUUUAGAGAAUGUCACUGGCACCAAUAACACCUGUCUCAAACUGUCUGGCCAUUAGGGGUGAUGAAAAUAAGUUAUACGUUACUAAAGAAACGCCCCAUAUCGUCCAGACAGUUUGGUCUAUACACAUUUUCUCACAAAUGGAGUUGAGUUUGAGUAAGAAAGCGUCUACUUUGCCACUAUACCUAUAAAUCACAAUACAUAAAACUUGUGUAGGUUUUUGCGUAGUGUAUAGUCACAGAUGUAUAUAAACUGUAUACAUGUGUGAUAUAAUCAUAUAUAUACGGAUAUAAUAUACAAUGGCAUACAUGCAUUUCUAUUUAUAUAACGUUGUUAUCUUUUGUUAAGAAUAAUUGUUGUUGAAAGGUUUGUAUAUUUUGUACAGUGAAAGGUUGGUAUAUUUUUAUAGUUUCUGAAAUGUAGCGUUCAAUUGUAACUAAGUAGAUGAUGUGAAAGGUCAUAUUUUGUGAGUUUAAUAUGUAUAAUUUGUUGUCAAUUUGUAUAUUCUACUUAUAUUUAAGUAGUUUUCUGAUACAAUAAAAAUUAAAUAAAUUUAACAGGAAAUUAA